AUGGAUUCGACAUGGCUGAGGCAGCACGAGUGGCUGACUGGCGUCCUCCUGGCCACCGGUCUCUGUGCGGUGGUCAUGCUCGGAUCUCGACAGGUCGGAACCAUCAACGUCAACACUGCCAGUUCCCGGACACCCAGAAAACUCCUGAGCGAACUCGACGAACACACGCCAGGCGAAGUUGCAAAGGUUCCAGAUCUGCCAGAGGGCUACUGGACAUCAAGGAGCCAUUUCAACCUGGAAAAGCGCGCCAUCUUCGUCAAGGUUCCCGUGGCCGUGGCACAUGCGAGCGAGUUUGACUCUCCAGGGCAAUAUCGCGUCAUAGACCACCCGGCGGGCCUGCCGCUGGUGCUCGUGCUAGGCAAAGACCGCGUACUGCGAUGCUUCCACAACGUGUGUCGGCACCGCGCCUAUCCCGUCGUCUCGACGAGACGAGAGGGGCGGACGCCACUCCUGAGUUGCGGAUACCAUGGGUGGACGUACGAUCUCAAAGGUCAGCUUAUCAAGGCGCCAAAGUUUGACGACGUGGAGGGCUUCGAACGGGACAAUAUUAGAUUGCACCAGGUGUAUACGUGGGUUGACUCGGAGGGAAUCGUCUUGGUGGAUUUGAGCAGGAAUGCCGCAGUCGACAACGAUGCUCUCGUCAGCGAAGGUCGGUACCGUAACCAGCGUGUCGAACGGUGGCAGGUUCCCGGGAAGUUUAAUUGGAAGAUGACAGAGUUCGAGGAUGCAUUCUCACCCUUGUCUCUUGACGCCGCCAACGCUAGUUCGAUCGUGGAGAGGGUGCUAGGGAAAAGACUUGUGCGGCUUUUCCAGACCCGUCAAGUCGACUACAGCCAGCCUUCUAUGCUGUCAGCGCUGUUCGUGGAACGCAAUGGAUCCACGCGUCUCUUCAUCAGCAUAUCUCCCACGGAAGUCGACCGCUGCGUUGUAUCAUGUACUCUGAUCACUCCACCGUUCACUCCCUCGACUUCUUCCAAGCCAGAGGACGUGAUCGGCGCAGUCAAAUCGGAAAUAUCCACUUCUGUCUCGUAUCUCGAGAAGACGUAUCGGCAGAUUGCCGCUUCAGACAACUGGUGA